GCGGCCGCGCGGCGGAGAGCAGCGACGUGCCGAUGGGGUCCGGGUCGCGGAGCCCCGCGGGGCGCUCGCGGCACCGGAGCCGCAGGGAGGCGGGCGGGUCCCGGGAGAGGAGGCGCCGCCGGUCCCGCUCCGGGUCCAGCGGCGCCAGCAGCGAUGGAGGCGGCCGGGCCCGGGGUAGCGAGACGCGGCGGCGCAGGAAGCCGGGCUCGGGCUCUGACUCUGAUGAGAGAAAGAGAUGGAGAAAGAAGAGAAGCAAAAGCAGGGACCGGCACCACAAAAGCCAGAAGAAACGCCACGCUCGGUCACGGGAUCACUCCUCUAACUCAGACUCUGAGGCAGAGAGAGAGAAGAAAAGAGGCCGCAGCAGAGAGAGGAGAAGAAAGCGAUCCAGUUCCAGGUCUUCUGUGUCUUCCGUCACAUCUCCCUCUCCUUCACGUGAGGAGCUGGGGCAACAGCUGAGCCUUCAGGAGCGACUCAGACUGAAAGAGGAGAAGAAGCAGCAGGCUGAGAUGAUGAAGGCAUUGGAAACACCGGAGGAGAAGAGGGCUAGGCGGCUGGCGAAGAAGGAAGCCAAAGAGAGGAAAAAGCGUGAGAAGAUGGGCUGGGGAGAGGAAUACAUGGGCUACACCAACACCGAUAACCCCUUUGGGGACAACAACCUGCUAGGCACCUUCAUCUGGAGCAAGGCCCUGGAGAAGAAAGGGAUCGGCCACCUGGAGGAGAAAGAACUGAAGGAGAGAAACAAACGAAUCCAGGAGGACAACCGCCUGGAGCUGCAGAAGGUGAAGCAGCUGCGCUUGGAACGGGAGCGAGAAAAGGCGAUGCGCGAGCAGGAGCUGGAGAUGCUGCAGCGGGAGAAAGAGGCGGAGCACUUCAAAACCUGGGAGGAGCAAGAGGACAACUUCCACCUCCACCAGGCCAAGCUGCGAUCAAAAAUCCGGAUCCGGGACGGCCGUGCCAAACCCAUCGACUUGCUGGCCAAGUACAUCAGUGCAGAGGAUGACGACCUGGCAGUGGAAAUGCAUGAGCCUUACACAUUCCUGAAUGGCCUGACGGUCUCCGACAUGGAGGAUCUGCUGGAGGAUAUCCAGGUUUACAUGGAACUGGAGCAGGGCAAGAAUGUGGAUUUCUGGAGGGACAUGACCAUUAUCACUGAGGACGAGAUAGCCAAACUUCGUAAACUAGAGGCUUCUGGGAAAGGCCCAGGAGAGCGCCGAGAAGGAGUCAAUGCCUCCGUCAGCUCGGACGUGCAGUCAGUGUUCAAGGGGAAGACAUACAACCAGCUGCAAGUGAUCUUCCAAGGGAUCGAGGGCAAGAUCCGAGCAGGGGGGCCCAACCUGGACAUCGGUUACUGGGAGAGUCUGCUGCAGCAGCUUAAAGCGUAUAUGGCCCGGGCCAGGCUUCGGGAGCGGCACCAGGACGUGCUGCGCCAGAAGCUGUACAAGCUGAAGCAGGAGCAGGGAGUGGAGAGUGAGCCGCUUUUCCCCAUCCUGAAGAAGGAUCCGUCUUCUCCCAGCGACAGGCCGGACCCAGAGGAGAGCGCUCCAGCGCAGCCGGGCCCCUCCACGGCGGGAGCCCCCUCGGAGGGCAGGGGAGAGGCAGAGGCCAAGGCGGAGGGGGAGGGGGAAGCGGUGCUGAUGGAGGAGGACCUGAUUCAGCAGAGCUUAGACGACUACGACGCCGGGAGAUACAGCCCCAGGCUGCUGAACUCCCACGAGCUGCCCUGCGACGCCCACGUGCUAGAGGCCGAGGAGGAUCUCCAGCGGCUGCUGCUCUUGAGACAACAGCUCCAGGCCACAGGAGACGCUAGCGAGAGCGCCGAGGACAUUUUCUUCCGCAGGGCCAAGGAGGGCAUGGGCGCUGACGAGGCCCAGUUCAGUGUGGAGAUGCCCCUGACAGGCAAGGCCUACCUAUGGGCUGACAAGUACCGGCCCCGCAAGCCCCGCUUCUUCAACCGCGUCCACACGGGCUUCGAGUGGAACAAGUACAACCAGACGCACUACGACUUCGACAACCCGCCGCCCAAGAUCGUCCAGGGCUACAAGUUCAACAUCUUCUACCCCGACCUGAUCGACAAGCGCUCCACGCCCGAGUACUUCCUGGAGGCCUGUCAGGACAACAAGGACUUUGCCAUCCUGCGCUUCCACGCAGGCCCGCCCUACGAGGACAUCGCCUUCAAGAUCGUCAACCGGGAGUGGGAGUAUUCACACCGCCACGGCUUCCGCUGCCAGUUCGCCAACGGCAUCUUCCAGCUCUGGUUCCACUUCAAGCGGUACCGGUACCGCAGGUGAGGGUGCUGGGCGUCUGC